AUGCUGCUAAAAUCUCAGGGCCAAAACAGGCUGCCCAAAAGGAGAAGUUCUGAGAUGGCCAUCUAUACUUUUAACGCACCAACGCUUGCAUCGGAAACGUGUAUAGAAGGUCUGAUGAUGCAGGCUAGGAAGAUCAACGCCAUCGGACUGGCCGAGACGAGAAGGUAUCGCUCGCUGUACGCUGUAUUUGAGACUGGAGAAGAACUGUUCCUUGGAAAAUGCGACAGCAGAGGCGUUGGUGGCGUAGGUGUCCUCAUCAAUGUGCACUCGGCCAUGAAUAUCGAUUCGUACGAAAGCUUAACAACCCGAAUCGGACGUUUGCGAUUAAUAAGAUGUGGCUUAACCCCAACUCUAACCAUUUUCGUUGCCUACGCACCAACAUCAAGCUACCAAGACGAAGAGUUGGAGUUGGAGUUUAUAUGGAUCUGGAGAGGCUCUAUAGAGAAGAUCACACUUUCUUUAAGAUCAUCGUCGGUGAUUUUAACGGCAAGAUUGGCCCCAAAAGAACGGCUAAAGAGCUCCACAUCUGGACUCACCGAGUGGAAUGGAAUGAGCAGGGUGAAAGGCUAUCGGAGAGCCGUAUGGAAACGGCACAUGAAUCAACUAAUCCCACGUGUUUCGCCGGAAGCAGUACCUGAACUGAGCAACGCAUUGGAUAUGCCAUUGGAACUGUCACUGGAUACACCUACCGUGACAUCACCGACUUCAGUACCGCUGCUGCUCCAACGACAACGGUUACAGCAAGAUCACCACAGCCGGCGUCGCCUACCUCCAGAUAUCGUCGAUCUAUCCGCAUUCGACGUCCUCCCGAUUUCCUCCAGAUUGACCCGUACGCCAAGUCGUACCGCGGACGUCAAUCUUAGGGGGGAGGUGUUGGAGCAGGCCGAAUGCACUAUAUCUUCCUCUUAA